AUGCCACAAGCGUCUCAGCUGAAGCCCAUCGAGGAGGCAUCAGCCGGACUGGAGAUCGACCCCAAGCUGCUGACAGUGCUGGAGGAAGCAGCGCAGGACCGCCGCCAGGAACUCGACCUGCAGGGGCAGCACUUUAAAGCCCCGCUCGCAUACCUCCCCGAGUCUGUCGCCCUUCUAGACUGGAUCGUGGAGCUUCGCCUGGCAAACAACGGCCUAGUGGUUUCUCCCCAGGCCAUUGGAAACCUCUUCUGCCUCUCGGUCCUCGACGCCUCCUGCAACAAACUUGUCGAGCUGCCCGAGUCCAUCGGGCACCUGGCGAAACUCCGGGAGCUGAGGCUCGGGUUUAACUCCCUCACAGGGCUUCCGGAAGCGAUUUGCAAGCUAGCAGAGCUGAAGGUGCUGUCUGCGCCGCUGAACCAGCUGACUUAUGUGCCGCGGCGGAUCGGGAAUCUGGAGAAGCUGACUGAGCUGGACGUGCAUUACAACUCGCUUCAGUCGAUUCCCGAGAGCAUUGGGCGGCUGGAGAGGCUCACGUCGCUGAAUAUCAGCGCGAACCACUACUACCACCUGAAGGAGCUUCCGGAGACGAUCGGGAAUUUGAGGAGUUUGGUGAAGCUGGAUAUUAGCGAGAAUUAUAUCAAGAUUCUGCCGGUUUCGUUUGUGAACCUGACGAGUCUGAAGAAGCUGUCGCUGCAGGGGAACCCGUGGCAGCACCCACCCAUGGAUGUGGCGAACUCAGGCCUGCAGGGUGUGAUGGAUUAUCUGAAUCUGCAUGACAUUGUUGAGGAAUCGCAUGGAGGACCCAAGAAGCUUGGAGGGCUUCUGGGAUUCUUCAGACAGAAGCAGAAGGAAGACCCAAAACUCGCUGCCUGGAAGAAAAAUACUCGCACGUUAUACGGCCGUGUGAAGCAAGAACCGUUAGAUUGGUCGCCUUCGACUGACGCUGCUGUCGCACGCGUCGCCGGAGAUCGUCAGGAUGCGCGAGGGAAACAUGCGACAGUUGAUAACGAACGAUCUUCGGGAGAUAAUGACGUCGCAGCGUCGCACGGCGACGAGGUGGUGCAGGAAUCUGAUCUCGUUCGCGACGUUCUCAUCCUGUGCGAAGGAAUCGACGGUCGUUACCUCAAGUUCGACGAUGAAUCGCGAUCCGUGCGAUUCGUCCCGGGCACGAGAAUACAGCAAAUACGCAUGGCUGAAUCUCUUCAACUAAGCAGGCUCGGAGUGAUGGUUCGGCAAAUCCAAGCCUACAUUCAGGAAGUCGCGUCACUCAAUUCGGGCAGAAUAAGCAGUGCUAGUGGCGCUGGUAGUGGGGGACUGCAACACGGAGGGGUACGAGCGGAUCGAGUGGCGGUGAAAGAAGAGAGAACGGGACGAGCGGAAAGAGUGAUUGUGAAGGAAGAAGGGACGGGACGAAGGUACCGGACGUUGGCACAGGAGGGAAGGGGGAGGCUCGCGGAGAGGGGCGUGGGGAACGAGGAGGGAGUAGCGGAGGGAAUGAAGAGCAAGAAUCAGAUGGUGAGUGAAGAGCGAUUUGACGUGCGAGUUGACGGGCGGUUCCGCGACGUGCUGGCGUGUCUAGACGUUCACCGCCACUCCCCCGCGCUCGCCGCCCUUCCGCCAGCUCUGCAAGAAGGCACGGUGGGGAGGGAUGGUUCAGGAGGAGCAGCACCGAGGCUAAGAGAGGGGGGGCUUGCUGUGGGGAGGCAGGACCGGGGUGGGGGGUAUCUGCGGCUAAGGCACUUGCUGGCGUUCCUGUCGCCGUGGUUCUUGCGCUUGGCGUGCAUCGUCUGCUUCAUUGAUGAGUGCAGGUGGGUGCACGCACGGCCUUUCUGCAUCCUCCGCACACCCCAACUCCCCCAUCCCCCCCAGAUCGCUGCGCGGCGGUCCCUUCUUGGACGCAUUAGAGGCGAGGAAGAGAGCAGCGCAGGGAAUCGAGCGCGAGCAGCUGGGGGCGGCGCUGGGGGAGGCAGUGCGGCCGUUGGUGCAGGGCGUGGCGGAGUGGGCCGUCACAAUCGCUCUGCAUCCUCUCUGCACACCCCAACCCCACUCCGCAUCUCCUCCAGAUCUUUAUGCGGUGAUCCCUUCUUGGACGCUCUGGGGGCGAGGAAGAGAGCAGCGCAGGGCCGUGAGCGCGAGCAGCUGAGCUCAGGGCUGGGGGAGGCAGUGCGUCCGCUGGUGCAGGGCGUGGCGGAGUGGGCUGUCAAGACGCUCUCUGCACUCUUUCCACGCACCCUUCCAUCCCAACCCCCCAUCCUCCCCAGGUCUUUUCGAGGCGGUCCCUUCUUGGACGCAUUGGAGGCGAGGAAGAGAGCAGCGCAGGGCAAUGAGCGCGAGAAGCUGGGGGCGGCACUGGGGGAGGCGGUGCGUCCAUCUUUACGUGGCGGUCCCUUCUUAGACGCACUGGAGGCGAGGAAGAGAGCAGCGCAGGGCAAUGAGCGCGAGCAGCUGGGGGCAGCGCUGGGGGAGGCGGUGAGGCCGCUGGUGCAGGGCGUGGCGGAGUGGGCUGUGCUGGGGAACGUGGAUGCCCGCAACGAGGAGUUUUUUGUGCGGUGCAGUGCGGUGGCGGCCAGCAAGGACGUGCUCUGGCAGGAGGGCUUCUGGUGA